AUGUCGAACCGCCAGCUCGCCCGCGACAUGCAAGUCGAGUUCCAGGCGCGCUUCCAGGCCAAGCAGGCCCGGCGCGAGGCCGUCAAGGCCGCCAAGCAGGACCCCGUGCUCAAGAAGCAGAUCCAGGAGCUGCUGAAAAAGGGCGAGACGCAGAAAGCCUACCAAAAGGCCAAGGUGCUCCUCUCAAAGCAGGCGCUCGCCCAGCAGAUGGACCAGAUGGCCGACAUGGCCGAGCUGUCGGCCGCCCAGAUCCAGGCCAACAAUUCCAUGAACCGCAUGACGCACAUGAUGGCGUCGUCGUCCAAAGUGAUGAAUGUCGCGCAAAAGAAUACAAAUCCAGAAAAGACCCUUCACACCCUCGAGCAAUUUAAGCAGCAGAAUGAAGAAUACGCCAUGUCCAACGGCAUCUACCAAGACGCCAUCACCCAGUCCACAUCGACACAGGUCGGCGAGGACGCCGUCCACGAACUCCUGGGCAAGCUCGCCGACGACGCCGGCAUCGAGCUCUCCCAGGAACUCAACAAGGCGACGCCCGCCACCGCCGAACCCGCCACUGCCCAGACAAACGACCCGACGGCCGAGGAGGAGGAUGCGCUUCAGCAGCGGCUGCGUGCGCUGCGGGCCUAA